AUGCCUCCGUCUCCGGCGUCGUCGCUCGUCAUCCUCCUCGUCCUCCUCGCCUCGAGCGCGCGCGCGCUGGAGACGCACGACGAGCGCGUGACGCUCACGCCCCUGCUCGACGGCUCACUCGCCCUCGACUUUGCGUUCGAGUCCUCGUCCACGCGCGACGACGCGCGACACCGAGCCAAGACGUCCAAGACGCUCGCGUCGACGCUGACGACGAGCGACGCGGCGUCGCUCGAGGUGUGGUUCGGACGCGGGCGGUGGAACGCGCGUCGAUGGGGGACGCCACCGUCGACGGCGCGCGCGAUCGGGGCGGAGGUAAUCGGACGGUGGCGCGCGCGAGCGCUCGCGGGCGAGGGGUGGCGACGGGCGACGCGAACGCUGGGCGGGACGUUUUGCGCCUCCCUGCGCGCGAUGGACGCGGGUGCGGUGACGACGGAACCGGCGUUGGGAUUUCGGCCGUGGGACGGCGACGAGCGCGGACGCGUUGGGACGGUGGACGAGGACGUGGUGAAACGGGCGAGUCUUCCGGGCGAGGCGGUGUGCGUGGAGAAUUUAGCGCCGUGGUUGAAACAGCUGCCGUGUCGAGAUCGAGCGGGGCUGGCGAAGGCUCUGAAGACGGCGCACGUGGUGUUCGGCGCGCGGCACGUGACGCUCGGGGCGCGGAUGUGGAUGGACGGCGACACGGUGCGCACGGAGCAGACGCUCAUGAUGGUGCUGCGGAGCGACGGCGACGCGUUUCGAGGCGUGAUGGAUCUCAUCAAAGAGGCGGGGGCGAACGCGUGCGUCGCCGCUGAUUCGUCACGCGUGCAAAUACACGACGGCGACGAGGUGAGGACGUUCGAUCUCUCGGCGGCGAACGCGCGAGCUCUGGACGCGUGGGCGAUGCGGCCGGUUCGUCGAGCGCCGAAACUCUUCAUCGAGCGCUUCUUAACCGGAACCGGGAACGAGAACGGGGGCAUCGUCAUCGACGUCGAGAGAAAUCUCGAAGAAAAGAACGCUCACGCGUCGUCGCCGAUUCGUAUUCGACUUUUCCAACCGCUUCCGUGGUUCGUGCGACUUUACAUGCACACUCUGUCCGUGGAGUUGGACGGUGAGGUCGUGCGAGGCGCGACUGAGGGUAUUCGGUACGUUCCCGCGAAGGAUCGCGUGCGGUCUUCAUUGCUCGAACUUCAAAUGGUGAUCCCCUCGAACGCGUCGACGCUUCGCCUGAGCUUGGAUUUCGACAAGGGAUUCCUUCGCAGUCGAGAGUUCCCUCCCGACGCGAAUCGCGGCUUUGAUCUGCCCUCUGCUCGGCUCGAUUAUUUCGCCUUGGAAGGCGACGCGAGACCGUCGAGCGUGUACCUAAACGGACUCCUCUUACUUCUCCCCACCCCCGAUUUCUCCAUGGUUUACAACGCCGUGGCGCUCGCCGGAAGCGCCCUGAGCAUCCUCGUUCUCACCACGAUUCGCUCGCUCACCGUGCGUGAGGCGUGGCGAGACUACAAAGUUUGA